AAUUAUAGAGGAUUACACGGAUUUGGCUUCAGACUGCUUUUUUAAUGAGGUAGAGUCAAAUGACUUGAAACAUGCUCACAAAAAUUUUUCAACAUUCAAACGUGACUGACAGUCUGCACGUGGGCAUCGAAAGGGUUUGAGCACUGGAAUCUCUCUUUGAGUCACGUGAAGAAUAUUCAGGAGUAAAUAUCUCAAGUAUUCCAAGAUGGAACAAGGGGCCAAGCGGAAAGCAAUAAAGAUGCCAAGCAACAGGGAAUUCGUAGUGGUCAAAAGGCUUGAACAGCCACCAAAUUAUGAAUCACUUCUGAGUUUAUCCGUGAGAUGAACAAAAUCGGUUCUUCAAUAUUAAGCCAUAGUUUACAAAAGUCUACAAGAGCUUCAAUCAGUAGAUUCGAAGAUAAGAUGUGGUAACAGUACAUGGUUCUAACUAUAAUGUAAUGAUAAGG